AUGGGUUGUGGCAUCUCAACCAUGCAUGGAAAUGAUACAUCUCCGGGCCGACAUUAUUUCAAGGGUCGAUUUCGUCAUCAAAAUAUCGUUGCUUCACCCAUUGUGAAAAGCAAUGACAACAUGUAUACUUAUGAACCUAUUAAUGAUGAUGGUGAAAAUCAAGAAUCAGUAAGGAGGGAUGAAGGGUUCAAUGGUGAUAGAUUGAAAGACAAAAAAAUUAACGAAGAUAGAAGAGAUCAAGAGGAAAUGAAUGAAAGGAAAGUGUUUAUUAAUCCAGAGAGACAAGGAAAAUUAAAGGAGGAUAAUGCUAGCAAUAAUAAAAACAAUGUUGGUACAAAUCAUGAAGAGGAUAAUAAUAAUAAUAGUAGUAAUAAUAAUAAGAAGAAGAAGGAUGAUUGGUUUAUUGGACCUGGAUCACCAAGUUUUAGGGAAUAUUGUAAUGAUAAUGAUUUAGGGGAUAGAUGUUCUAUGGGAGAUUCUAAUGAUUAUCCUCAAUCUGGAGAAAGCACAAAGAAUAGUAGUGAUGAAGAUUCAACAAAACCUGUAAAUGGUCAUUCCAAAAAGCAAGAAGCUGAGAAGAAAGAGAGAAAAGGGCGAGGGGGGUUUAGGAAUGUUAUGCAUAAAGGAAAGGGAAGAGGAGGGAAGAGAAAUAUUUUAAAUUUUGGUUGCUAUAACUCUAAUACUCAAUCCUGUGCUGAAGGCUCUUUCAACAAAGUUGUAGAGAAAGAUAGAUGA